UGUAAAGUGUGUAGAGUAAGUGAGCAGACUGUGAUUUGGAACGCGCCCCGGGCAGAUCUCCGCUCGCGCGCGCGCGUGUGAGAGUAACACAGCUGUAAACUUCUCCCUGCGCGUUGAGUCGCCGCUCCGUGUAUCAAGCAGCAUGGCUCGAGGACACCAGAAGAUCCAAUCCCAACAGAAGAACGCCAAGAAGCAGGCCGAGGCCAAGAAGUCGAAGGGCCACGACCAGAAGACGGCGGCAAAGGCUGCACUUGUGUACACGUGUGGAGUUUGCAGGUCGCAGAUGCCGGAUCCAAAAACGUUCAAGCAGCAUUUCGAGAGCAAACAUCCCAAAAGUCCUCUUCCUCCAGAGCUGGUGGACGUGGAGGCCUGAGCGUCAUGGCUCGGCCCUGAGCUGCGGAUUCAUGAUCAAAGACUGUUAAUGGUGUCUACUGUUUCCCCAAUGGCAAAAAAAAAACACUCGCAGACGUCUGCCCGUCUGUCUGUCUGUCCAUCUAUCUAUCUAUCUGUCUGUCUGAUACACACUGGUUUGCUGUGGUGUUUAAUCCGGCUAACAUGCUGCGCGGCUGGUUUACACUGUUGAUGAUAAACGGGGGACGUCUGUGUGUACAUCACGUAAUUAUAGAGAUACUGUAUUUUCCGGAUUGUAGAGACUAAUCUGUAAGUAUUGUUGACUUUGCUAUCCUAAUGUCACAUCUGGUCAUUUUUCAGCCCCAUCUCCAUUUUUACCCUUUUAAAGCAAAGCAUUAUUUAAUAAUUCUUAUCUUUGAAAGUGUCUGUACUGAGAACAGAACAGAACCUAUACUGUAUUCUCGUGUUAAUUACGCACCAGAGGGAAUUUAGAGAGUAUUUCUGAAUUACGUUUCCCUUAAGAGACAGAUGCAAUUUUAAUAAUUGGAUCUUCUACUCUGGAAAAUACGGUAUUUGAAACCAAGGUUUGGUGGAUUUUUAUGUGAGACGUAGAUAAGUCAUAAUUGUAAUUUUGGUUUCUAAUUCCUUGGAGAUUACUGGAUUUAGGUAAGAUUGAUUACCACUACUUUAAUUUCUUUAAUUAUUCAUCACUGGAACGGUGUUGGGAGAUCUGUCUGUUUGUGUAUGUGUGCGCAUGCGUGCGUGAAAGAGAGAGCAUGUUCAUGCUUCAGUGACCUGCUUCUUGUAAUAUAACAUUCUAAUAAAGUUUAAUUUUGCUUACAAAA